AUGUCACCAGUCACGUCACCAGCCACGUCACCAGUCACAUCCCUAGCCAAGUCGCCAGCCACGUCACCAGUCACAUCGCUAGCCACGUCACCAGUCACAUCGCUAGCUACGACAUUAGCCACGUCACCAGUCACAUCGCUAGCCAAGACAUUAGCCACGUCACCAGUCACAUCCCUAGCCAAGUCGCCAGCCACGUCACCAGUCACAUCGCUAGCCACGUCACCAGUCACAUCGCUAGCUACGACAUUAGCCACGUCACCAGUCACAUCGCUAGCCAAGACAUUAGCCACGUCACCAGUCACGUCACCAGUCACAUCCCUAGCCAAGUCGCCAGCCACGUCACCAGUCACAUCACUAGCCACGUCACCAGUCACAUCGCUAGCUACGACAUUAGCCACGUCACCAGUCACAUCGCUAGCCAAGACAUUAGCCACGUCACCAAUCACAUCCCUAGCCACAACAUUAGCCACGUCACCAGUCACAUCGCUAGCCAACGACAUUAGCCACGUCACCAGUCAAAUCGCUAGCCACGACAUUAGCCACGUCACCAGUCACAUCCCUAGCCAAGUCGCCAGUCACGUCACCAGUCACGUCACCAGCCACGUCACCAGCCACGUCACCAGUCACAUCGCUAGCCACGACACCAGCCACGUCACCAGUCACGCUUCUAGCCAAGUUGCCAGCCAUGUCACCAGUCACGUCAUUCACGUGAACUGA